AUGAUAGUCUCGGAGUACCUCAAAACUAUCAACGACUUUAUUAACUUGGAGUUUGUAUGCAAGAAGUUUGGUGGCAAUAUGGAGAAGUUCCACUUCAACCCAAUUCCAUUAAAUUCCAAAACAAUUAAAUACUUCCCAAACGUUGAAACAUUUUACUUGUGGAAUGAAGGAGAUGAGAAAUUUUGGAAAAAAUUAAAAUUAAACAAAAGAAAACGUAAAGAUAAGAAAAAAUUUAUCGAAAGCAUUGUGUGGUUCAAUGUUGAUUUUGAAACUGUUGACAUAAACAAAAAUCGAAACAUCGAAUUUAAAAAUGUCACUUACACUCAAAAUGAUAGAGAGAAAUUUGGUAAUAACAUACCAUCAGGUGUUAAAUCAAUUGGUGUUGUUUCAGUGAAUGUAGUAGUCUGA